UAUCGUUGCGCUUUGCAUGUUGUUUAUUUUGCUGGAGGUAUAUGCAGAUGUAACUGCAUCUGUAAUGCACUGACUCAGGAUAGUCUAAUUUUGAACUCCUCACAGAGAUAUAAAGCUUAAGAUGACCUCCAUCCUAAAAUAGAAUCUGAAAAUCACCCACCUGAUCCCCAUCUUGGACACCAGACAAGCUGAGGAUUCUGUUCAGUUCUUCCUAUGAACACAUCUUACUUUGUUUUGUCACACCUCCACCUUAGCUGCCUUCUCCUGCUUUUGCUCUCUCUCUUUUUCUCCAUUAAUCCUCUCCAUCAUGACUGAACCAGAGCUGCUCACCGAGGUCCCUGCCUCUCUGAAACGGCUGGCCAAGCAGGUUGUGCGGGGUUUCUAUGGCAUCGAGCACGCUCUCGCUCUGGACGUGCUGAUCCGGAACCCCUGCGUGCGUGAAGAGGACAUGCUGGAGCUGCUCAAGUUUGACCGUAAGCAGCUGCGCUCGGUGCUGAACACACUCAAAGCCGACAAGUUCGUCAAGUGCCGCAUGCGGGUGGAGACGGCGCCUGAUGGCAAGACGACACGGCACAAUUACUAUUUCAUUAACUACAGGCUGCUGGUUAAUGUUGUCAAGUACAAGCUGGACCACAUGCGCAGGCGCAUUGAGAUGGACGAACGGGACUCGACUAACAGAGCAUCCUUCCGCUGCCCCUGCUGCCUGAGCACAUUCACUGACCUGGAAGCCAACCAGCUGUUUGACCCCAUGACUGGAACGUUCCGCUGUACCUUCUGUCAAACAGAAGUAGAGGAGGAUGAAUCAGCCGUGCCAAAGAAAGACGCUCGCACUCUGGUGGCACGCUUCAAUGAGCAGAUAGAGCCCAUCUACGUAUUGCUACGAGAAACGGAGGACAUCAAUUUGUCCCAUGACCUCCUGGAACCUGAGCCAUCAGAAAUCCCAGCCCUAAAACAGAGUCGCGAACGGGCUGCCCAGUCCGCAGCAGGAGCUGGUGCAGGGGCACUUGGCCGGGAAAUGUGGAAAACAAAGGGCUCGUCGUAUGACCUUUACACACAAAAUGUGAUCAUCAGCAUGGAAGACCAGGAGCCUCAGUCUGGCCAGACAGCCGAGGGCAAAGCCCCCAAAGAGAGGCCUGUAUGGCUGAUGGAAAGCACCGUGCAGGGGGCGUACAGUGAGACAGAUGCUUUGAAGCAUGCUGGCGAAGACUCCAUAGUAACCCAGGACAACAUGGCUGGACGAGGAGCUGCACAGGAUGAGAAUGAGGAGGUGAUGUUGGCUCUCCUCAUUCAUGAGAAGAGGAGUGGAGCCGGACCAGGAGGCACCGUUGUCUCCAGACCGACCAUUCCUACGGCUAACGCCAGUGACUCUGACAGCGAUACCAGCGAAUCGGACGAGGACUCUCCGCCCCAGGCGCCAGCCCACACAGCGCACCGCGCCACGGCCCUGCGGCCUGGCAGGCAAGCAAACGAGGAUGAUGAAGACGAUGAUGAUGAGUUUGAGGAGGUUGGGGAUGACCCAGUGGUUAUGGUUGGGGGAAGAUCUUUCUCUUACAGGGAAGUGAGCCAGAGACCUGAGCUGGUGGAACAGAUGAGCGCUCAGGAGAAAGAGGCGUACAUUGAGAUGGGACAGAACCUCUUCCAGGACAUGUACUUCUGAGUAGAUCACUUCUCAACUAUCUGCAUCACAUUUUCUCUUUCUUUCUGUAUCUCCCCCUUAACUGUUUUUCACAGGAUGCAUUUUUGAUCAGUCUCCUUUGCACACUUUAUCUCAAACAGUGUUAUGUGUCUUGCCAGAGCUGAGAAGUGUAGUGUUAUAGCGUUGAAUGUUCAUCUCCUCUCUCAUCCGUCUGUUACAAUACCUUUUGCUAUAUGCAUAUACAGAAUAUACAUACUCUGGUGCCAACAGACCAAAGUAUCUCAGAGUUGUAAACAAGAGUAUCAUGCACAUUGGCAGACAGGCUCACACUACUUUUUUCCCUUUUAAUGGGCUUUUGUUUAGCAGUCUCGCCACAGAUUUCCAGUCAAAUGACUGUUGCUGCAGAGAACUCUGAGACAAUUUCACUCAAAAGAAAACUCCAAACAGAAGGGUCCUGGGGCUUUCUGACGUGACUGACAUUUAAACGACGGAGAACGCUUUUCUUUAUUGUAGUGAUAGACUCACUUGGGCUCUUUUGAUUUUUUUUUUUUUUUCUUUUUCUUUUUGCUCAAUGUUA